CGCGGAAGCGGAAGUAUAGGUGGUCGGCGACCCGGGUUGUUUGCUGCUGUCUCAGGCCAGCCUCCGAGAGUAGUCGGUGCGGCUGGACUGGGCAGAGUGGGGCGGGACACGACGGGAACGGAACGGAGCGUGUCAGCUGCUCACUGGAGCGGCAGCCAUAACAGCUCCCGCCCCUCUGAGCGCCGUCGUUGUCGCGGGCGGAGCGUGAGACCGGCUCCGGGAUGAGCAGGAGGAGUGAAGGUGGCGGUGGCGAUUGUGCCGCAGUUGCGCGCCGGGUGACAGGGGAUAUCUGCAAAAUGAAAGUUCUGGUUGCACUGUGCCUAUUCAUCACCUCAGUGAAGGCAGAUUCUAAAGCAAUCACAACAUCUCUUACUACGAAGUGGUUUUCUACUCCAUUAUUAAUAGAAGCAAGUGAAUUUUUAGCAGAAGACAGUCAAGAGAAAUUUUGGAAUUUUGUAGAAGCCAGUGAAAAUAUUGGAUCAACGGAUCAUGAUGGUACUGAUUAUUCCUAUUAUCAUGAACUAUUGAGGACAGCCUUUCAUUAUCUAUCACCUCUUCAGCAGAACUUGCUGAAAUUUUCUCUGUCUCUUCACUCCUACUCAGCUACAGUUCAAGCCUUCCAACAGAUAGCAGCUGAUGAACCUCCACCAAAAGGUUGUCCCUCAUUCUUUUCAGUUCAUGGAGAGAAAACUUGUGAUUUUGACACACUUGGAGAACUUUUACAGACAGCAUCUAAAAGACCCAAACCAAAUUUAUUCAAAGGGGAUCACAGAUAUCCAUCCUUAAAUCCUGGAAGCCCAGUGGUGAUACUCUACUCAGAGAUUGGCUCUAAAGAAUUUUAUAAUUUCCACCAUCGACUUGUAGAAAAAAGCAGUGCAGGGAAAAUAAAUUAUGUACUCAGACACUAUAUAUCAAAUCCUAGUAAGGAAAGAGUCUACCUUUCCGGGUAUGGUGUGGAAUUGGCCAUCAAGAGCACCGAAUACAAAGCCAAGGAUGAUACUCAGGUGAAAGGAACUGACACAAAUGCUACAGUAAUAGGUGAAAAUGACCCUAUUGAUGAAGUUCAAGGAUUCCUUUUUGGACGACUAAGAGAACUCCAUCCUGAUAAGAAGGAACAGUUAAAGGAACUCCGGAAGCAUCUUGUGGAAAGUACCAAUGAAAUGGCACCUUUGAAAGUGUGGCAAUUGCAGGAUCUAAGUUUCCAGACUGCUGCUCGAGUCCUGGCUGCACCUCCUGAGGUAGCUUUGGUGGUUCUAAAGGAUCUCAGUCAGAAUUUUCCCACCAAAGCUAGAGGAAUAACAAAAACCACAGUUAAUCAAGAACUCAGAACUGAAGUGGAAGAAAACCAAAAGUACUUCAAAGGAACUUUAGGAUUACAGUCUGGAGAGUCUGCCCUGUUCAUCAAUGGAUUACACAUUGAUUUAGACACACAGGAUAUAUUUAGCUUGUUCGACGUGUUGAGAAAUGAGGCUCGUGUUAUGGAAGGACUGCAUAGACUAGGAAUAGAAGAUUUAUCUCUACACAAUAUUUUGAAACUCAACAUUCAACCAUCAGAUGCAGACUAUGCAGUGGACAUCAGAAGCCCUGCUAUUUCAUGGAUCAACAACCUUGAAGUUGAUAGUAGAUAUAGUUCUUGGCCUUCCAGUCUACAGGAACUACUUCGACCUACCUUUCCUGGAGUUAUCAGACAAAUCAGAAAAAACUUCCAUAAUUUUAUUAUCAUAGUUGAUCCAGCUCAGGAAACUGCAGUAGAAUUGAUGAAUGUAGCUGAAAUGUUCCUCAGUAAUCAUAUACCACUAAGAAUUGGUUUCAUCUUGGUGGUUAAUGACUCUGACGAUGUUGAUGGGAUGCAGGAUGCUGGAGUGGCCAUUCUUAGAGCAUAUAAUUAUGUUGCACAAGAUGUGGAUGAUUUUCAUGCCUUCCAGACUUUGAUAUCAAUAUAUAACAAGGUAAAAACUGGAGAAAAGGUUAAAGUCGAACAUGUUGUUGGGGUUCUGCAGAAGAAAUAUCCAUACGUAGAAUUGAAUAGUAUUUUGGGAAUUGAUUCUGCCUAUGAUCAAAAUCGCAAGGAAGGAAGAGCUUAUUAUGAGCAGACGGGGGUGGGUCCUUUGCCAGUUGUACUAUUUAAUGGCAUGCCAUAUGAAAAGGAUCAACUGGAUCCUGAUGAACUGGAAACAGUAACAAUGCAUAAAAUCUUGGAGACUACAAGCAUUUUCCAAAGAGCUGUGUACUUGGGUGAACUGUCUCAUGAUCAAGAUGUGGUUGAAUAUGUCAUGAACCAGCCAAAUGUUGUUCCACGAAUCAACUCUAGAAUUUUGACAGCUGAGCGACAGUAUCUGGACUUAACAGCAACUAAUAACUUUUUUGUGGAUGAUUUUGCUAGAUUUUCUCUUUUGGAUUCACAAGAUAAGACUGCAGCUGUAGCCAACAGUAUGACCUAUUUGACAAAGAAAGGAAUGUCUUCCAAGGAGAUCUAUGAUGAUUCUUUUAUUAGACCAGUAACAUUUUGGAUUGUUGGGGAUUUUGAUAGCCUUUCUGGAAGACAAUUAUUAUAUGAUGCUAUCAAACAUCAGAAAUCCAGUAACAAUGUUAGAAUUAGCAUGAUCAAUAAUCCAAGUGAAGAACCACGCUUUGAGAACACUCGAAUCUCCAGAGCUCUCUGGGCAGCUCUCCAAACACAGACAUCUAACUGUGCCAAGAAUUUCAUCACUAAAAUGGUCAAGGAAGAAACUGCAGAAGCUCUGGCAUCAGGAGUUGACAUUGCAGAAUUUGCUGUUGGAGGUAUGGAUGUCAGCCUUUUUAAAGAUGCUUUUGAUUCUUCCAAAGCAGAUUUUAUUUUGUCCCAUGCUCUGUACUGUACAGAGGUUCUGAAGCUGAAGAGAGGAGAAAGGGCUGUGAUCAGCAAUGGACGGAUUAUUGGGCCACUAAAAGAUGGUGAACUUUUUAAUCAAGAUGAUUUCCACCUACUAGAAAAUAUAAUUCUAAAAACUUCUGGGCAAAAAAUCAAAUCUCAUAUUCAACAGCUCCGGGUAGAAGAAGAUGUUGCGAGUGAUCUGGUAAUGAAAGUGGAUGCUCUCCUCUCUGCCCAGCCUAAGGGAGAGGCAAGAAUUGACUACCAGUUUUUUGAAGACCGACAUAGUGCUGUUAAACUGAAACCAAAUGAAAAAGGGACAUAUUUUGAUAUAGUGGCCAUUGUUGACCCCGUUACCAGAGAUGCUCAAAGACUUGCUCCACUCCUUAUGGUUUUGACCCAACUGAUAAAUAUGAAUCUAAGAGUUUUUAUGAACUGCCAAUCUAAACUUUCCGACAUGCCUUUAAAAAGCUUCUACCGCUAUGUUUUAGAACCAGAGAUUUCUUUUACUGCAGACAAUAGUUUUGCUAAGGGUCCAAUAGCCAAAUUCUUGGAUAUGCCUCAGUCUCCUCUGUUCACGCUGAAUCUAAAUACCCCCGAGAGUUGGAUGGUAGAAUCUGUCAGAACACCUUAUGACCUUGAUAAUAUUUAUUUAGAAGAGGUGGAUAGCAUAGUAGCUGCAGAGUACGAGCUCGAGUAUCUCUUAUUAGAAGGACACUGCUAUGACAUCACAACUGGACAGCCUCCACGGGGGCUCCAGUUUACAUUGGGAACUUCAACAAACCCAGUCAUUGUUGAUACCAUAGUCAUGGCCAAUCUGGGCUACUUUCAAUUAAAAGCCAAUCCAGGUGCUUGGAUUCUCAGACUCAGAAAAGGACGAUCUGAAGAUAUUUACAGAAUCUAUAGCCAUGAUGGCACAGACUCUCCUCCUGAUGCCGAUGAAGUUGUGGUUGUUCUCAACAACUUUAAGAGCAAAAUUAUCAAAGUAAAGGUUCAGAAGAAGGCAGACAUGAUGAAUGAAGAUUUACUAAGUGAUGGAAAUCAUGAGAAUGAGUCUGGAUUUUGGGAGUCCAUUAAAUGGGGCUUUACUGGGGGUCAGAAGACUGAAGAAGUGAAACCAGAUAAAGAUGAUGUAAUUAAUAUUUUCUCUGUAGCAUCUGGCCAUCUGUAUGAAAGAUUUCUCCGCAUAAUGAUGCUCUCAGUUCUGAAAAAUACUAAGACACCUGUGAAAUUCUGGUUCUUGAAGAAUUACUUGUCACCUACAUUCAAGGAAUUUAUCCCAUACAUGGCAAAAGAAUACAAUUUCCAAUAUGAGCUUGUUCAAUAUAAAUGGCCUCGGUGGCUUCAUCAGCAAACAGAAAAACAGCGCAUCAUUUGGGGCUACAAGAUUCUCUUUCUGGAUGUACUUUUCCCACUAGUUGUUGACAAAUUCCUGUUUGUGGAUGCUGAUCAGAUCGUUCGGACAGAUCUGAAGGAAUUGAGAGAUUUCAAUUUGGAUGGUGCUCCUUAUGGUUACACUCCAUUUUGUGAUAGCCGCAAAGAAAUGAAUGGGUAUAGGUUCUGGAAGUCAGGCUACUGGGCCAGUCAUUUAUCUGGACGAAAAUACCAUAUCAGUGCCCUCUAUGUGGUGGACCUGAAGAAGUUUAGAAAGAUUGCUGCUGGAGACAGACUCAGGGGGCAGUACCAAGGUCUGAGUCAGGAUCCCAACAGCCUUUCAAAUCUUGAUCAGGAUUUACCCAAUAACAUGAUACACCAGGUGCCAAUCAAGUCACUCCCUCAAGAAUGGCUCUGGUGUGAAACAUGGUGUGAUGAUGCCUCCAAGAAAAAAGCAAAAACAAUUGAUUUGUGUAAUAAUCCAAUGACCAAAGAGCCAAAGCUGCAGGCUGCAGUCCGAAUUGUCCCAGAAUGGCAGGACUAUGAUCUCGAAAUCAAACAAUUACAGAGUCGUUUCCAGAAAGAGAAGGAAAUGGGAAUUAGGCAUCCAGAGAAUGAGACAAAAGAACCAAGCAUAGAAGAGCUUCCAGCACAUGUAGAAUUAUGAUCCCCAAAGGAAGAAAUGAAGUGAUAUUGUUUGAAAGACAAUUUUUAUAUUAAAUGCUAGUUGUUUUUUUUUCUGGUAUGUCUACACAACUGCUGAUAAAUUGGAUAAGAGGAUGUUUCCAAGCCUUUUAAAUCCUGGAAUUUUGGGUUGCUAUAUCCAAAUGAAUUAUUCAACUCCAGAUCAUUGGGACUAAGAUUGUACUGGAUUUGUACUGAUGCAGAAGAUGAAUAGCUGAUUGUAGUCUAUAGAGUUUUGGAGAAUGAAACUGCCGAGGGGGGUUUUCCAGAAGCAGUUCCGUAAUCACAGAAGAAUACAGCAGCAGACGAACAGAACACUUGUUCUUUGGGACCCACAUCACCUCAGUCAAGAGCACACCCAUGAUAUUUAGUCACGGGCAGCAGGACGCCCAAAGUACACGAGUUCUUACCUCAGUUUUUGUUUGUUGCUGGAGCUAAGCUUUACAAGCUGUACUUUAUAGAGUAGAACUGCCCUGAACGGAUUCUAUUUUGUAAAAGUGGCGGUGAUGUUCACAAGAUCUGUUGGUUUGAGGUUUACACAAAUCUAUUCCCUGUUCCUCAAUAGCAGAUUCAUUGUGUAAUGGAUACCAACUCCUAGAUCAUCUGUUUUGUUUCCUCAGGACUGGCUCAAUACAAAGGCUAAAUUCAAUUGGAAGCUACCCAGAGUUUUUUGGGGGUGGUUUGGGGUGGGGGGUUGGAGUGGCAGGGAACAUACACACUUACAAAUUGGUCACUCUCUCUUAUGACCCAAUAGUACCACAGUGUCUUUUUAAAAAUAAAAAUUUUGUUGUCCCAUCCCCCAACCCUGUAAACCUUUUGGUUCAUUGUUUCCUAAAUUUAAUUUUUAUAGCCUUUGGUUUAAUUUUAUGGGAUGGGGGGGAGGGGAACUAAAUUUUCAUAGCUGAUAUGUUUACCAAAAACCAAGGUCCAUAAAAUCACCUUGAUCAUAUACCCAGAUUAUUACAAUGAAUGGUAGGACUGAGAGAGAACUCUUUCUGGGCAGCUUAUCCACUGUACAUUUUAUUUAAAUAGACUGGGUGAUAUCCAUAUUUUUCUCAAAGAUUCAUUUCAUAAUCUCAGUAACCAUUAGCUGUUACCCAAGAGCUUCAUUAUGGUUGUCAUCCCUUCACACAAUACCUUGUGAUCCCUUCUGUUUAUUAUUUUACUUUGUUUCUAUAUUUUGCAAAUGUUACUUGUGAAAGGACAAAGACUUAGAAUCCACUUAGCUACAUUAUGAGGUGAAGGAAUCCUAAACAUGGCCAGUCCAGCAAAUGCCUUUUGUCUUACUUUUGAGACAGCCCUGAAUCACCCUGGUGGUUUUUUCCACACAGCUGGGUCUCAUGAGACUGACCCCAGGCCUAUGGACAAACACAUCAUGUGUGUGACAUGAUGCCAUAUACUGUGGGGCACCUUCCAAGGCAGGGUUUAAACUUCUUGACUCUCUAUGUAAAUCUCAUGUGUCUACAUGUGAACAUGACAGGGUUGUGCAGAUUGCUUAUUCCAAGAGAGGGAAGGACUCUAUCAAACCUGCCUUUAAAAGCACAGCAAAUUCUUACAUUUUCAUAUUUUGCCUGCUUAAAAAAAAGUUUUAAAAGUUUUUAAUUUUUCUAAAAUGAAAAACCUGUCAUCUUAAAUCUGAUGCUCUUUCAGUCAUGCAUUUAUUUGAAAUCUUUCUUAAAAAGCAAAAUUCCUUCAAGCAUAUCUUUUAUAGAAAAUUUGGGAAAUUGAUAAAAUAGCUCAUCUCAUCUAUCUUGCAUAUAAAUGAAAAUAAAAUAAAGUUAGCAGUUACCAUAAUCUUAAAAGAAACCAAACCUCAUACCUUUGGCCUUAGAAUUGAUAGUAAGUAUCUGUUCCAAGGCAGAAGAAUGGUAAGGGCUGGGAAUUUGGGGUUAAGUGACUUACUGGUUCAUGGAGCUAGGAAGUACCUGAGGUCAAAUUUGAACCCAGGAUCUUCUGUCUCCAGGCCUGGCUGUCUAUUCACUGAGCCACUUAUCUGCUUCCAAUCACUUUUCAAAGUAACAUUUUGGGGUGAGUGACUUGUUGUGAUAGAUAUCUUGUUUUAUUUGUAUCAUUCCCUCCUUUUACCCCUCAAAAUGUAAAGUAGCAGGAGAGAAUUUGAUAGGUUUUUCUCUGUAAGCCCUCUGUCAUUCCUUCCCCCAGAUCGUCUGAAGUCUAAGUUGGAAUGGUUGAAGGAUUAUGAACAGUGAUGAUUAAGUACUCUUACUUUGAAUGAACAAGAUUGCCUAAACCUCUUUGGUUAAGUUUUAUUGAGCCAUCAGAGGUUACCUACUCUAUAGAGGGAAAAAUUCAUGUCCAAAAAUAUAUAUUCUGUGUCUUCUCAAAAAUUUGGUGUGGCAGUAGGAAGUGGUCAAGUAAACAUGGUAUUACUUUUUAAAAUGUAAGAGGUGUUGAUUUUUUGAGAGGCUCUAUUAUAUGAAGGUGACAGGUUUCAUCUUUCUCAGUGUCUUCCAGCCAAGUUUUCUGUUGACUUAACUGCUUCCCAUAAGGAGACUGAAGUACAAAUCUUCAUUCAGAGCAGUUGCUCUUAUAUCAUCCUUAUCACCUCUGUAGAUACUCCAUCUUGUUAUAAGAAAGGUGGUUGAAUAGUUUACAAGAAGGUGCCUUGGAAAUAGUUUUGUUCUUCCCAACCAAUCAUUCUUUUGUUGGUUAGCACAGCUUAAAUAUUUUUUCAAUUAAUACUCAAUGCCUCAGAAAAUGUAACUGUUACUUGAACAAGGAGGCAAAGUUAUCUUUGACUUUGCCACCAAAAAAAAAAGGGGGGUAUGACAGAAUGGUUAGGAAAUAGAUCAAUUUAGAAAUUGAGAUUGUUGCACUGAAUCUCACUCAAGUUAGGGAAAAUCCUGUUCAGUGUGGUUUUUUUUUUCUGACUAGGUGAUAGAAACAUUCAGUGGCUGCUUUUGGAAAAACGAAAAGCCAGCAUUUAGGUGGAAUUGUUUUACUAUUUUUUUUUUGAAUUGUUACACCACAUGCAGUGGAAAAUUUUCUUUCCUAAAUAGUACUGGGGAGAAAUGAUAUGAGCUAAUAACUAUCUUAUGUUCUGUGAACAGUGGUAUUUAUUUGACUGGGAUCUGAAAACUGCAUAUAGCUUGCAUGUGGUAUAACUGUGGAGCAUAUCAUAUUAGUGUAUACUAUAGACUUUGGGCCACCACUUUUCCCUUCCAUCAAGAGUAAAUGAGUUGGUUAUCCACAGAAAUGGUAAAGUUUUGAAAUGUGAUAUAAUAAUACAUUUUAAAUCAAAUCAGCGAAGGUCAAAUACUUUAUGCAAGGCUCUGUUUAUCUGAUGUACAAUCUCAUCCCAUGGGAAUGCAAAAAUAUAUAUUAAAUAUUGCUGCCUUUUCUUAGCCACUGGACUAGAUUACCCUGCAUCAACAUGCAAAGGAAAUAGCCCUAGUUUGAGAGACAACAUGGUGUAGUGAAAAGAGCACUGGAUUUGGAAUCAGAAGACCUGAGUUCAGAUUCCCCCUCUGCUACUUUUACUACCUUGGUGACUUUGGGUAAGUCACUUAUCCCCUUGGUACUUGUUUCCUCAUCAGUAGUUGGACUAGACAACUUUGGUAUGUAGAGGGGCCAAUGAGAAUCAACUAACAGACCUUAACUGGGGAGAGGGCAAUAAUCGGGGACAUCUUUUUUUUCAUAAACCUUAAAAGUGCUAUUUAAAUAAACUUUCAUUAGUGUUAUGAAUGUUCAAAUGUAGUUCUCUGAGGAAGAGAUCUCAAACCUCAUGAUUUAAACUUUGAUGACAAUUUUGUUUAAGGGUGGUCCUUGGCAUACUCUAAACGAUGCUGCUGGUUAUAACAAUGUGUAUUAGAUACCAGUGAUACACAGGUUGUUUACUGCUCUAUCUCUAUACUUUAACAAAGCUUUUUCACCCCCAUCCAAAUAAGUCUGAAUGAGAUUUUUCAGAUUGUGUUAAGCUUGAAGUAUUAGGAACAUUUGGUGUAUUUUUUUAAUGAUUUAUUAGCAAUGUACUUUUCAGUUGGUGAAGUAUAAAACGACUGCAAAAACUAUUUGGUAAGAGGGUUUUCUUUUGGUAGAAGAAUGAAUGGUUAGGAUUUUUUUGUUGUUACUCCAGGACAGAACCACACUUAAAUAAAUAGCAUUGUCAUUUGGGUGACUUGUUUUUUAAAAACCUAACUUUCAUGGGACUACUUUAUAGGAAGUCUGGAGUAACAGUUAAUAAACUAUUUGAUAGGAAAAGGUGUCCCAAAUGACCAAAAGUAGCUGAUGAUUUCUUUAGUCUGAUCAGGGUGAUAUUUUAAAUUUCUGUCUGUGCUUCCUAAUCUGACAUGGGGGGGGGGGGGGAGGGGAGAAAUUCUUCCACAGAAUAUUUGUAAUGCCAGUAUCUGGUAUGCUUUGAAGCAAAUAGACCAUAGUCUGUCAAAUAUCAUUUGGAUUUCAAAACACUGUGCAUCUCUGGGACUGAGAAUUUGCUUGGAUUUCCUUUCUGUAACUGGUUCUUUGAAUUCUGUAGCUGUUAUAUAAGUAUCACAGAUUUGGAAAAAAAGUUUAGGAUUAUACUACAUGGUGAUAAUGUUUGUGAUUUCCAUAAAACUAUAGGAAACAGUCUCUCAGGAUUUCAUCGUGUUUUUCUAUUUGGAUUGUGCCUUUUAAUGGAAAAUCCCCUAGGAAACCCAGUCCCCUGUCUACCCCAAAUAUUUUUCACUGUUUAAACUACCUAUUAUCAAUAAUGAUUUUGCAGACAAGAAUCUCUGAAGGCCAUCCAACUGUAUCCCAGCUAGAGCUAGAAUAUUUGACCAGUAUUUUAUAGUAAAAGCUGGUUGCUUCUUACUGCUAUGUUGUGUUAUCACUUGGCUUUUUUAAAGUGUUGAUUUGAUUAACUCUAUAACCAACAGCAUAGAGAAUAAGGGUGGGAACAAAUUGAUUUGUAACAUGAAAUUCACACUCCUGUUCUACCUGUCAUAAAUAAUAACGCUGGCAUUGCUACUUUAAAACAUUCCAGAUGGCUUUUUAACAUUCACUAAUUGGAAACCCAAGUUUAAUUUAUGCUUUGCCUUGCUUCUCACCAUCUGAGUUUCCUGAGAUAAGGGUAUGGAUGAUUCCCUCUAAAAAGGAAAAUUAGGCACAAAGUAAAAAAAAAACAUUCACUUCAGAUUGACAAUUGAGAAGUCUUUGGAGGAAGUAAAAGAUAUUCAAGAAGAUUUACUUUUCGCUACUGGAAUCUGUGGUAAAGAAGGGGCAAACAUGUACAAAGGGGAAAAGAGUGUUAGAAUUUUAAAGAAACUAUGUACUUUUUUAAUCUUUAUAAAUAUUCUAUUUUACUGUAAUUCUGUUAAUGCAAUGCGGAGUUCCGGUGCUGACACUUGCUUGGGAGCUAGCAUUGGGAUUUUAAUUGUCUGCAGAGCUCUGCAGCCAGAAGUGAAUUGAAAAUGAAUUUCCUCAUACUGUAAUGCAAAUGAGGCCCACUCAACACAAUAAAGUGUUUCCUCCCUUCUUUAAAA